GACUGGUUCUCCGGCGGCCUCGACCAACUUCUCCAGCUUUCCGUUGAUUCUCUUCUUCUUCCAACCUCCUCGUCUUCUUCUUCCUCAUCCUCCUCCUCUCCUCCUCCUCAAUUACAACUCACAAUGUCGGCCGUCGCUCGCACCCUGCGUCGUCAGGCUCCCGCUGCCUCCCGCGCUCUUCUCGCCCGCUCAUCCGUGAAGGCCUUCCCGGCCCUCACCCGCUCCUUCUCGGCGUCGCCUGCUUCCUGGGCUCACCGCACCGAGACCGAUGCCUUCGGACCCAUCGAGGUCGACUCCUCCCGCUACUGGGGUGCGCAGACCCAGCGCUCGAAGCAGAACUUCGAUAUCGGCGGCCCGACCGAGCACAUGCCUCUCCCAGUCGUCCGCGCCUUUGGCAUCCUCAAAAAAGCCGCCGCCGAAGUCAACCUCCGCUACGGCCUCGACCCCAAGAUCGCUGAGGCCAUCAAGACCGCCGCGCAGGAGGUCGCCGACGGCAAGCUCGACGACCACUUCCCCCUCGUCGUCUUCCAGACCGGCUCCGGCACCCAGAGCAACAUGAACGCCAACGAGGUCAUCUCCAACCGCGCAAUUGAGCUCCUCGGCGGCGAGCUCGGCUCAAAGACUCCCGUCCACCCCAACGACCACGUCAACCGCUCGCAGUCCUCGAACGACACCUUCCCCACCGUCAUGCACAUCGCCGCCGUGCUCGAAAUCACCCAGCGUCUCCUGCCUGCCCUCACCGACCUCCACGCCGAGAUCCUCAAGAAGGUCGAAGAGUUCAACCACAUCAUCAAGAUCGGCCGCACCCAUCUCCAGGACGCGACCCCGCUCACCCUCGGCCAGGAGUUCUCUGGCUACGCUACCCAGCUCGAGUACGGUAUCGAGCGCGUCAAGACCACCCUCCCCCGCCUGCGUCUGCUUGCCCAGGGCGGUACCGCCGUCGGAACCGGUCUCAACACCAAGAAGGGCUUCGACGUCGCCAUCGCUGAGGAAGUCACCAAGCUCACCGGCGAGCAGUUCUACACCGCCCCCAACAAGUUCGAGGCCCUCGCCGCCCACGACGCCAUCGUCGAGGCCUCCGGUGCUCUCAACACCCUCGCCGCCUCGCUCUUCAAGAUCGCCCAGGACAUCCGCUACCUCGGAUCCGGCCCCCGCUGCGGAUACGGCGAGCUCUCGCUGCCCGAGAACGAGCCUGGUUCGUCGAUCAUGCCUGGUAAGGUCAACCCUACCCAGAACGAGGCCCUGACUAUGGUCUGCGCCCAGGUCUUUGGUAACCACACCGCCAUCACCUUCGCCGGUGCCUCGGGCCAGUUCGAGCUCAACGUCUUCAAGCCUGUCUUGAUCCGCAACCUCCUGUCCUCCGUCCGCCUCCUCGCCGACGGCUGCAAGUCCUUCAACCUCCACUGCGUGCAGGGCAUCAAGGCCAACGAGGGCCGCAUCAGCCAGCUCAUGAACGAGUCCCUCAUGCUCGUCACCGCGCUCAACCCCAAGAUCGGCUACGACAUGGCGUCCAAGGUCGCCAAGAACGCCCACAAGAAGGGCUUGACUCUCAAGCAGUCUUGCCUCGAGCUCGGUGCUCUUUCUGAGGAGGAGUUUGAGGUGUGGGUCAGACCCGAGAAGAUGAUCGGUCCUUCUGAUUAGAUAUAACAGCCAUUUUAAUCUAUAAAGACUCUUUCAUAAUAAACAUACUUACGUACAC